AUGCAACGAUUGAUUCUUUCUCAUAGGCCAUCAUCCAUCUUGUGGAAGAGUCCCGCAAUCCAUCAUGGCAACUCUUAUGGCAUUUGCAUCAACAGCUCGCUCCGAAAUUAUUUACAUGAAGGAGUAAUAAUAUCUCCAACAACAUCAGUGAAGCGUACUUUUACAACACAGACUCUUUGUCAGGGAAAGAGCUUUGACAAAUUAUUGUCCUCCAUAGAAAAGGAUUCGGGAAUGAAAAAGUCUUCAAAGAGACAUCGCAGCGCUAAAAUUGAAGAACCAAAGACCAAAAUCCCAGAGAAGAAGAAAGCAACUUCUCAGCUUUUCAAAAAACUGGAACCAACAAUCACCCAGAAUCGAGAGACUGAACCAACAAAACUCAACGACAGCCCUAACACAACACACAAAAACACACACACCUCACAACCAAAAGCUGCCACAAAUCCAUUACAACAAUCUGAGCCAACAUUUAAAAUAAUUGACAAGUCUCAAAAACGGAAUGAAAAUAAUGAUGAAUCAAUAUUAACACCAGUAGCAGAAUAUACAGCCUCUAAAUUACACAACAAAGAACUUACCUCAAAACUUCAAAAGAUCGUAAACACAGAAGAUGAUGUCGAGAGCGUCAUUGAAUGGGGAAAGAAACAUGAUCUUAGAUUAAACUAUGAUAAAGUGUUAACUCCAACAACAACCAAAACUCCUGAAGAAAAAGAAAAGGCCAAACAACGUUUAAAGAAAGCAUAUCAAGAAUAUGUACAAAAUGUAUCCGUACAAGAGGAGGAAAACAAAAUUGAAGAUGAGCAAUCGUUGAAGCUUUACGGUGAGCAAUUCGUUACAAGUGGUGCACCUAAGGGUUUUGAAAUGAUCGAAAGUAGCAAAUUAUCAUCAAAGCCUCACAAAAAAACAGAUAUGGAAAAGUUGGCAUCAAGACUAUCAAGCUUGAAAAAGAAAACUCUUCCAGAAGAGACAAUGAAAAAACAACUACUUUUAAAACAAGUUACUGAAAAGGGAUCUCUUCAAGAAGAAAAAAGACCAACAGAGACAAGUUCGAGCACUGCACCAACAACGACUGUAUUAAACUUGACCGAAGAACAAUACAAUAACGCCAUAUCUUCUCUACAAGAAUUUACAAAGAGCUGGAAAGAAAAAGGAUAUGAUCCAGUUCUUCAAAAUAAUUUUGGAAGAAAGAUUUUGAUCUUGUAUCCUUGUGCAAGUAACAAGAAGCAGCAGCACAAAGUGAAACAAUCAACUCAACAUGCAUCCAACAACAAGAGACUACACGAGUUGUUAGACGAAUUCGAGGAGCAAGGUGUGGAAGAAGAACAUAAGGAUAUCCUUGACAAAACUAUGAGCCAGAAAUUAGUGAAUGUCAAGAAUUACUUUUCGCAAUAUGGCUAUGAUAUUUCAGAUCUCAAGUCACUUCUCAAAACAGACUCAAAGAAACAAAGGAACGCUCAAGAGAAGCCAAACCCUACGAAUCACCAACCAAGAUAUUCUGAAGAAAUUCAAAGAGAAAUUGAAAAUAAUGCAAUGGAUCACUCUUCAUCAGUUGACUAUAACAAUGUAUUGUUAGAUGAAUAUCUUGGUGAUGAUGAUCCAAAUCAAGUAUUUCAAACAGUAGAUCAGAAACAUUUACUCAUGUCUGAAUACGAAGAACAAACACAAUACUCCAUGUUUUCUCCUGAUGUUCAACCUUAUUUGAAAAGAAGUUCAAAAGAAAAUGAAGAAAAACUUCGUCAAGAGAUUGCCAAGAUGAGUAUUGGAUCUAUUCAUCUACCUCCACCUUUAGCGGAAGGUGUUUCAGAAAUUAUCUCUGAAUAUCCUAAAAACCUGAUUCAACGAACAGCUCAAUUAUUGAGUGCUGCUUUUAGACUCCGAACUAGUGGAUUUGAAAAACAACAAGGCUCUUCAACAUUUUCCAAGAUUGAUGAAGAAAAGAAGAUAGGUCUAUCAUCACAACAUGGUGAUGAACUAUUUAGGGAACAAUUAGAAAUCCUCAAACAGUUAAGAAGCUUCAAAAGAACUUCAAAGAAAAAGAAGAGACCUAUUGAUAUUGAAAUGAAAAAGAAAGAAAGUGAAGAAGAAAUGAAUCGAUCGUAUAAUCCACAAAUCAUUUAUAAGGAUUUAGAAGCUGCUGCCUACAUUGCACACAGACUUCCUGCUAUCUAUGGUACUUCUUAUAGAGUAUUCUCAGAAUCUGUAAUGAGAAUGCCAGAUUUUGAACCAAAAACAAUGUUAGAUUUUGGAACUGGACCAGGUACAACUAUUUGGGCGGCUAUGGAAGCAUUUGGAAGCAUUAAGGAGGUUAUGGCAGUUGAACCUUCAACAGCAAUGAUGGAUGUAGCUACUCGUCUAUUUGAUUAUAUGGAAGAAAAACCACAAAUUACAUGGAGACGUUUCUUGAACGAAAAUUCAUCUAAACAAUAUGAUCUUGUUGUGGCUUCAUUUGUUUUGAAUGAACUUGCCAAUGCACAAGAAAGAGAACGAAUUGUUAAAGCACUUUGGAAAGCAACAUCUGGAUUAUUGGUCAUUGUUGAACCUGGAACGCCAGUUGGAUUCAGUUUCAUCAGAGAAGCUCGAUCAACAGUGUUGUCACAAAAGAAUCAUGACUCUCAAAAUGAUAAGCCUGUAAUUUUAGCGCCGUGCCCUCAUGAUUCAGUGUGUCCAAUGAGUGGUACUCCAAAAUGGUGUCACUUUGCUCAGAGAAUCGACAGGGAAUCUUUCCAAAGACUUACCAAACAAGCGAAAAAACAUUAUGAAAAUGAAAAUUAUUCGUUUAUUGCCAUCAAGAGAGAAAGCCUGAAAGGAUUUGAUAAUAGUGAGCAAGUUGAAAAAGGAAGAAGAAGAGGCAAUGAGAGCCAAACAAAUUGA